UAGAAUGACGUCUCUAUGGUUGUUCCUGUGCCGGAACGCAAGGCUACGCUCUCUCCUUUUGCGGAACUCUAUGGUCUGAGGACGCGACUCUGCCCCGGAAGCAGUCCUAGGGGCCCGGGACGGCAAGAUGGCGGCGCGAGCGGCGCUUGGGUCCAUGUGCCGGCGUCUCUGGGUUCAAGGAGUUUUUCUGUAAACAGUUCUAAGAGCAGUACAGCCAGAAAUGGUGGCUUUCUCCUCAGUACCAGUAUGAAGUGGGUGCAGUUUUCAAACCUACACGUUGAUAUUCCCAAGGAUUUGACCAAGCCCACGAUAACCAUUUCUGAUGAACCAGAUACAUUAUAUAAGCGCCUGUCAGUUUUAGUAAAAGGCCAUGAUAAAGCCGUACUGGACAGUUACGAAUAUUUUGCCGUGCUUGCUGCUAAAGAACUUGGUAUCUCUAUUAAAGUACAUGAGCCUCCAAGAAAAAUAGAGCGAUUUACUCUUCUCAAAUCAGUGCAUAUUUUCAAGAAGCACAGAGUUCAGUAUGAAAUGAGGACACUUUACAGAUGUUUAGAGUUAGAACAUCUGACUGGAAGUACAGCGGAUGUCUACUUGGAAUAUAUUCAGCGAAACUUACCUGAAGGAGUUGCCAUGGAAGUUAUAAAGACAAAAUUAGAACGGUUACCAGAACACAUCAAGGAGCCAAUCUGGGAAACAGUACCAGAGGAAAAAGCAGAAAGCAGGUCCUAAAGUCUCAGCCAGUCUACUUGCACCGGCGUUUGACCCAAGGGUGGCUCAAACACGUAUGUUGAAAUAGAGGCUUCCAGUGGGAACGACCGUGAGUGCACUUGACCACUCUGUUGAGCCCACGUGCCCUGAUCAGCUCAAAGCGGGGGUGAAACUUUAAUGACACACUGGACCACAGUGAAAACCACUUCACCUUACUCUUUUGUACACAUCAUUGUUUCAGUUCCGGUUUUAACAAAUGUGAGCAAGCCACUUUGACUACUGUGCACCAAAAGAAUCAGGUUUCUGUUUUGUCAUUCUGUUACAGUUCAGUUAUCAGUUUGCACUGAUUUUAACUUGUGUCACUUCAUUUGUCUGAAAGUGAAUGUUUGAAAUAACUCCUUACACACAUUUUUUCCUUUUCAACUACUUAGAAGGAACCUUCAGUUAAUUUGGUUAAUGUAACAAUGUAACGCCAAACAGUUUUUGAUAAUUUACCUAGUGCAAGCUGGAAAAUCCUGGUGUGGAGGUGGUGACCUCCAAAUUUCACCUCAUUUAAGCGUGACAUUCUUGAAAAUGAAUGUACUGUGCAGCAGAUCACGUACACUUGUGGCACACACUGAACUCUUCUUGUCGCCCAAACCCUUGCCAGGCCGCCAAGAAGGAGCACUGUAGUGGAAUUUGAGCUCUCAAGAAAUGACUGUCUGCAUCACUUUUUUCAUCCUGUGAUUCAUUCAUUCAACAGGCUUUUAUUUUGUUAGCUCUGUAACCAGCACUGUAGUAAAUACCAAACGUUGAAUGGAAGUAUGGCUUUUGAAAAACAUGCAGGGCACAGAUAAAUAUUUUUCCUUAAGUCCCACACUGAUAAGGCCUCUUUGUUUUGGUAAAUGGCAUUCUUUUUGUUUAGAGAUGGCUACUUUUCCAUGAAAUUAAAUCUUAGUUAAAACCCUGAAAGAGGCAGGACUACAAUGUGCUGAAACUGCUGGCGUAUCAUCCCCAAGGGAGUGAUUCGUUUCCUUUUUUACAGCAGAUCAGGUCCAUGUCUUUUGCGGUUUCCUUCACAUCUUUGGGGUAGUUAUGACUCCUCAGUUUUUCCUCCCUUAAACUUAAGCUGGAGUCCCUGUUCUCUUUUCCCUGACCUACUAUCAGGUGUCAAUGUUUUGAAUGCAUACUGCUUAUGUAUCAGACUUCCAUUACUGUCAUUAACAUGAAAAGAAUUACAGCCUGUGCCCUGUGACCUCACUCAGCUCACAGCUCAGUUGUUGACUGCGUCAUUCACAAAUGCCUAAAGCAUGCUUAUCCCAGGUGUAAACCUCGGGAUUAAGAACUAGUCAAUAAAACGAGCGAUAUAAUAGAAGUAUAUCUUGCAAAGCAGCGAUCUGUGACCCGUUUUUACUUUAAAAGAAAAAGUUCCUUAAAUACAUAUCCACAUCCAAACUUUUUUACAGACAGUAUUAACCACUGUAUCAUAAGAUGAUUUAUGCAAACUUGGCUUCCACUGACUCUCCGUGUGAGUUCCUUUCAAGAUGUGCAGCUGUUUUCAGACUGAAUUAACCUGUAAACCAGAUUACUUGGCACUUCACGUUAUAUAUUAAAAUCUUGUUUUAAGGUAAAUAUACAAAUAAACUACACACACAACAGAA